AAGACAGCAAAUACCCCAUUUGUGAAAUGUUGGUUUUAUUAUUGUUGAAUUUUCAAGCAAUUUUAAUGUGCUGUGAAAAAUAAAACAGGCAACUGCUACGGCGAAUCCUUCAUGACCGUAAACACCGGCGAAUCAGCAGUAAGAUGUGCAGAUAAGGUCGGAAUAUGCCAAAAUCCUCCCACAUAUACUAGUACAGUUGGCGCCUGCACGAAUUGAGUUAACAUCAAGUGCUUAUAGGAAUAGAGCCAUGGGGAAGCUGGUGGUUUACUUAAAAUAUUUCUUUAUCGUGUUUUUUGUUAUCAUACAGACGAUAGUUUUUAAAGCCCUAUAUUUUGUUUUCCCAGACACCACGAAGAAGAUAAUAUUAAAACUUGGUGAAAAAACCACUAUGACCCAGAAUCCAAAGUUCAAGUUUGAAGACUGGGGACCUACAUUCUGGACUUUAAAUUUUGUUAAAGCGGCUGUUGUUCACGCAUGGAAAAACACAGGCGACGAAGCAUUUGUGGGAGGCCCUGCACCUAACACUCCCGUGUUAAAUUUGGAUGGGGAAAAAACAGAUAUUUACGGUUUUAUUAAAGGCAGGAGACCACUGGUGCUGAGCUUCGGUAGCUGCACCUGACCCCCGUUUCUUUUUAAGUUUGGCGAGUUCAAGCAGCUUGCCAAAGAUUUCAGUUCUGUAGCAGAUUUCCUCAUCAUCUACAUCGAAGAGGCUCAUGCGACAGAUGGAUGGUCUUUCAGAAACAAUGUUGAAAUCAAGUGCCAUAAAAGUCUUCAAGAUCGCCAGGCUGCAGCACAGGUACUUCUAAAGGAGGACCCGCCCUGUCCUGUUGUUCUAGACACUAUGGCUGAUGAAGCAGCUUCAAAAUAUGGAGCUAUGCCAGAAAGGCUGUAUGUGCUGCAAUCACAGGAAAUAAUCUACAAGGGUGGAAUGGGUCCCUGGGGAUAUAACCCACAAGAAGUACGUGUUGUUCUGCAAAAGCUGAAUUAAGAGGACUGUGGUGAUCAACAAAUAUCUUAUGUUUCUCAAUUCAAAACAGUGUAUUGUCCACAUUUUUACUACUACACUGUCAUUGCCUUGCUGUUUUGAUCUAUAUGUAAUAUAUGGUAUCGCUUUUAUACUAAAAGAAAUAUAAGUUGUGUAAAAGCGACUGAUAUGUUACUAUGUAACGGAGGUGGUAAUGUCAUGUUGCCAGGCAAACACCUGGCACAAAAAAGUUAGAUUGUAUAGCAAAGUAAAAUACGUUUUAAAAUAUUACAUUUGAUAAUGUUGCAUGGGGUUAGCUGCAUUUGCCAUGAAAUAAGUUAAUACAUGUACUGUAUUGAAUUUCCCUUUAUUUCAAACAUAAAUUAACAAUACAUUAUAAAAGAAGGCAGUAAGGGAAGCGUUUGUUUACCAGCUGUUGCUUUCUCAUGUUCUAUAUAAAAGUCUAUUCGCUAUUGCAGAAGAAGCGCUUCAUCCACCAGCUUCUUUGCCGACAAUGAAAGUUUGAGGUUUCCAUUGUAAGCACAGUACAGCAUUCCAUCGCUUAGACUAGCUUCCUGUGGUGUCCAGUUUGUCAUUGAAUUGGCCCUAAGUGUGAAAAGUACAUUUUUAGGGGGUCACUUAAUUAAGUGUAUUACCUACUGUGUAUAUAAGGAGAGACAUGGACUUAAAUUGCACUUUGUUGUGAGAUAGUAAUACUGCGGAAUAUAACAUCACAGGUUAAUAACUUGACUUAAUACAUUGACUGAAUUUGGAGGAAUAUUUAAUUUGGUUUUCUGCAGAUUUGAUCCUAAUAUCCAUUAAUAUACAGAAUUCUCUCCAAUACAGAAUUACUCUGCUAUAUUUAUUUAUGACGGUUACAGCUGAAACCUAUGGCUGCUGUAGCCAGAUGUACCAAAAUAUUGGCAAGAGAUUCUGAAACAUAAAAUAGCAUUAUAAGCAACAUGAUAUGCUUGUAAUUUGAUCACCAUAAUGUGCAGUUAGUCUGUAUAACAAAUACUAUAUUUCCACUGUAAUUCUUUAAAGUUAUCAAAAAUGUUUAGAUAGUUACUCUCGUGUGUGUGUGUGUAUAUAUAUAUGUAUAUAAUAUAUAUAUAUAUAAUAUAUAUAUAUAAUGAUGCUGAUUGCAUAUUUUCUUACAUUAUUUGAUGACAAUGCCAAUUUAUUCUUGGACUCUUCUCUGUAUUUAUAUGUGACGGUUACAGCUGAAAACAUUGGCUGUUGUAACUUGAGGCCCCAAAAUAUAGACAAGAUGUUGCAAAAAAAAUAUUUAGGUAUUGUCAAUACUAAUAAAAUGAGUAAUAGAUUAUGAUGUACCUGUUUGAAAAAAAGUAUCUAGAAAAAUGUUUAAGUGCACACAUGUUAUUGUUGUUAUUUUAUUAUGCUAAUAAAGAUUGUGUAAACAAUG